UCUACUUUUUAAGGAAAAAAUUGCAAUAAUUAUGGGUUUAUUCUCCCGUAAGGCAUGUGCCUUUGUUUUGGUGUGUGUUUUGGUCACAGAUUUUACAAUGGGAGGAGAAACAGAGUUUGGUGAUGAGAAGCACUUGUUUCCUCACCCUCGACCAUUCCUCCACAAAGGUGGCAUUCACAAGAAGGGCUUCAAGAAAGGCUUCGGCGGUUUAGGCGGUGGUGGAGGUCUAGGUGGCGGAGGCGGCUUUGGAGCGGGAGGUGGUAGCGGUUGGAUUGGAGGUGGAGUUGGAGGCUUUAGUGGAGGAAUAAGCGGUGGAUUUGGUGGUGUUGGUGGCGGAGCUGGAGGGGGAGGAGGAUUCGCCGGUAAGGGAGGAGGUGCCGAAGGAGGAUUUGCCGGUAAGGGAGGAGGUGCCGAAGGAGGAGUUGGCGGUGGUACCGGUGGAGGAGCUGCCGGCGGUGGAGUUAGCGGUGUAGGCGUUGGCGGUGGAGCCGGUGGAAUUGGCGGGGGAGCCGGAGUUGGCGACAGUGCCGGUGGAGGAAUUGGCGCCGGAGGUCACUGAGGGGGUUGGACGUUAAAUUGUUAUGUGCAUUGACGAGGAGCUAUAAUCCCAUGCAUGUAUAUUUUCAUCUAAGAAUAACUUUAUGCAUUAAAAUUUGAAGUAUCAUAUGGUAAAGGUUAUGUCUGUCGUUUCUCGUUAGGUUGACUAAACUGUAUGCCGUUUUCCUCUUUGAAAUGAUUGUAUCCUGCUAUUUGCUACCUCGAGUAAAUAAAAUGAAUAAAAGGAACCAAAAUUAAUAU